CUACACGUUGCUCUCAUCUUAUCCGAUGCCCCAUGGCGUUGACUUCGACGGCCGUGGCGAUGAACAACUUUUUCCCCCAUUUUCUGGCUCUUUUAUUACAUUUGAGCCACUGGUCCUUUGUUUUGUUAAUGUUUACACACUGUUGGAUAUCUCUUGGAGGUUGACUUUUAGAGGAACUUUGAUCUCCCACACUGGUGUGUGUACUAAAGAGAGGUAUGCCUACUACUGCUGCCAUUAGUGUUGUGUCGUUUGCUUCACCACUGUGAAGCAUCCGCUCUUCUUUUUCUUUGGCUUUAAUUUAUCUUAGACUUCUACUUUGA